GGAUGUGCAGCGUGGGGACGCAAGCGCGCAAGGCGGCAGGAGUUGCUUCUGGCCGCGUCGGUGGUCUGAAUUGAGUUACAGCGGCAAAGAAAAAAUGGAGACAAUUCUGGAGCAGCAGCGGCGAUAUCAUGAGGAGAGGGAACGGCUCAUGGACGUCAUGGCCAAAGAGAUGCUCACUAAGAAGUCCACGGUGAGUAGGGACUGGGCAGGGGCUACUCGUAAGUCUGGGCCCCCAGCCCGGUGUUUAACCGCUGAGCGCUCUUUGGCCUCCGACCCGCUGCUCCUCCUGCUCCCCCACCCUCCUGGGGGCUCCGUCUCCGAGUUGCAGCCUUGCUGCAUCACUCGAGGUUUACUUGGCUUUGACCAGAGAGCCAUUGUUGGUUGUUUAGCUCUGCAGUUGUACAAAUUGCUUUAUUCUGAAAUGUUUGUGUUUGCCUUUCAGAGGUAUAUGGAGGUCAGCGGGAACUUAAGGGAUUUGUAUGACGAUAAGGAUGGGUUACGAAAGGAGGAGCUCAAUGCCAUUUCAGGACCAAAUGAGUUUGCCGAAUUCUAUAAUAGACUCAAGCAAAUAAAGGAAUUCCACCGGAAGCACCCAAAUGAGAUCUGUGUGCCAAUGUCAGUGGAAUUUGAGGAGCUCCUGAAGGCUCGAGAGAAUCCAAGUGAAGAGGCACAGAACUUGGUGGAGUUCACAGAUGAAGAGGGAUAUGGUCGUUACCUUGAUCUCCAUGACUGUUACCUCAAAUACAUUAACCUGAAGGCAUCUGAGAAGCUGGAUUAUAUCACAUACCUAUCUAUCUUUGACCAGUUAUUUGACAUUCCUAAAGAAAGGAAGAAUGCAGAGUAUAAGAGAUACCUAGAGAUGCUGCUUGAGUACCUUCAGGAUUACACAGAUAGGGUGAAGCCCCUCCAAGAUCAGAAUGAACUUUUUGGGAAGAUUCAGACCGAGUUUGAGAAGAAGUGGGAGAAUGGCACCUUUCCUGGAUGGCCGAAAGAGACAAGCAGUGCCCUGACCCAUGCCGGAGCUCAUCUUGACCUUUCUGCUUUCUCUUCCUGGGAGGAGUUGGCCUCCCUGGGUCUGGACAGAUUGAAAUCUGCACUGUUAGCUUUAGGCCUGAAAUGCGGCGGGACCCUAGAAGAGCGAGCCCAGAGGCUGUUCAGCACCAAAGGAAAGUCCCUGGAGUCGCUUGACACCUCCCUGUUUGCCAAAAAUCCCAAGUCAAAGGGCACCAAGCGGGACACUGAGAGGAACAAAGACAUUGCUUUCCUAGAAGCCCAGAUCUACGAAUAUGUAGAGAUUCUCGGAGAACAGCGACAUCUCACUCAUGAAAACGUACAGCGCAAGCAGGCAAGGACGGGAGAAGAGCGAGAAGAGGAGGAGGAAGAGCAGAUCAGCGAGAGUGAAAGUGAAGAUGAAGAGAAUGAGAUCAUUUACAACCCCAAAAACCUGCCCCUUGGCUGGGAUGGCAAACCCAUUCCCUACUGGCUAUAUAAGCUUCAUGGCCUAAAUAUCAACUACAACUGUGAGAUUUGUGGAAACUACACCUACCGAGGGCCCAAGGCUUUCCAGCGGCACUUUGCUGAAUGGCGUCAUGCUCAUGGCAUGAGAUGUUUGGGCAUCCCAAACACCGCCCACUUUGCUAAUGUGACACAGAUUGAAGAUGCCGUCUCCUUGUGGGCCAAGCUGAAACUGCAGAAGGCAUCAGAGCGGUGGCAGCCUGACACUGAGGAAGAGUAUGAAGACUCCAGUGGGAAUGUCGUGAAUAAGAAGACUUAACGAGGAUCUGGAAAGACAAGGACUGCUCUAGUGUUCUGAUCUGUCUCAGCCGUUGGGCUUGCCCCGGCUUCCCGGAGAUUGGCUUUUUCUACUUCUCCCCAUCACAUGCUCCUCGGGACUCUUUGCUAGUAGUCUUGUGGCCUGGCAUGCAUCUUGUAGAAACAAGGCAUGUUGGCAGAUUGCAGGGUUGAGAUGUGUUUUAUCUUUGUUUUAUAU